AUGACAGGUGCUGAAAAUAUUCCUUCAACAGAGGGAACUUCUACUGGUGGUGAUGCGAGCAGUGCUCUCUAUGUGCAUCCCUCCGAUAGCCUUGGAAUGGUACUAGUUCCAGUUCAAUUCGAUGGCACAGGAUAUCGAUCCUGGAAAAGAGGAGUCAUGCGAGGUUUGUCAGUGAAGAACAAGCUCAGGUUCAUCGAUGAUAGUGUGGAAUAUGUUAACAAUUCAGUGGAAAUUUGGAAAGAACUUGAAGAUAGGUAUGAUCAGACUAAUGGAGCAAAGUUAUAUCAGAUCCAGAAGGAAAUUAAUGAUCUCACACAAGGUAGUUUGGACAUCACUGUCUAUUACACUAGAAUCAAAAAGCUUUGGGAAGAAUUGAAUACUCUGAAUAUGAGAAAUCAGUGCUCUUGCACUUGCACUUGUGGAGCCAAGGAUGGGCUACACAGAGCAGAACAGGAUAGACGUUUGGUACAGUUUUUGAUGGGGAUGAAUGAGGCAUACACUGUGGUAAGAGGAAACAUUCUUAUGAUGAAUCUUCUUCCAUCCAUGGCGCAUGCUUUCUCAUUACUGAUCCAAGAGGAGAAACAGAGAGAAUUUAGACCUUCUAGUCGAAUUCCUAUGGAGUCAGCUUCUUUGAGUGUAAAUACUUCCAAUAGUAAUGGAAAGGGCCCAGCAGGAAGGAACUAUAAGACAUCAUUCUCCAACAACAACUAUUCCGGAAGUAACAGUACCUUAGGAAAUAACAAUAACUAUGGAGGAUCCAAUUAUUACUUAGGCAGCAGUAGCAAUAUGAAUGCUAUGUUUUGUGAUUUCUGCAAAAAGACGGGACAUAUCAGGGAGAAAUGCUACAAGUUAAAUGGAUAUCCACAAGGACACAACAACCAGGCUAACAGGAACAAUGGAUUUCAUGCUAGACAGAACAACAAUCAUGAAUAUAAGGGAAAGAGAGUUGUGGCUAAUGUGCAUGGAUCUCCUGAUGACAUGAUGCCUGCUCAGGGAGAAGACUGUCCACAGGGCAAUCACAAUCAAAAUGCCACACUUACUAAGGAUCAAUAUGCUCAUAUCAUGAAUCUCCUGCAGCAUUUUNAAUCAGCUACAGAGUUUCAAAAUCUCACCAUGAUUUUAAAGAGGACGUAUAACUUUAAAACUUCAUGA